CUGGCAGAGCGGGGGGCGGGGUGGGGCGCAAAUAAAGGCUGCUUUUUUUUUCCCCUGGGAUUUAUUUCAUGGGGAUGUGUUCAAGGCAAGAGAGGAUUCAGAAGGAUAUCGACGUCGUGAUCCAAAAGUGCAAGGCGGAGAAGGACUGUCUGUUUGCAGAUUUCAGGUACUCAGACUCCACCUUUACCUUCACCUAUAUUGGAGGCUCCAAAAGUGUGUCUUAUUCCGUGCAUGUCUCUGAGGAUUACCCAGAUAACACGUAUGUUUCCAGUUCAGAUAACGAUGAAGAUGUGUUAGUUACAACAGAGCCAAUCCCAGUAAUUUUCCAUCAGAUUGCUACAGAAUUAAGAAAAACCAGUGAUGUCAACUACUGCUUAUCCAUAAAAUCAAAAUUACAGAGGGAAAUUGGAGAGGAGUCCAGGCACAACAGCACAGUUGAAGAAGAUUCUGAAGGCGAUAAUGACUCUGAAGAAUUUUAUUAUGGAGGACAGGUUAGCUAUGAUGGAGAACUUCACAAGCACCCACAGCUGGAAGCUGAUUUAACAGCGGUGAGAGAGAUCUAUGGUCCUAAUGCAGUAUCUCUCAGGGAAUAUGGAGCCAUUGAUGAUGUAGAUAUUGAUCUGCAUAUUGAUGUUAGUUUUCUUGAUGAAGAGAUUGCUGUGGCUUGGGAUGUAAUUCGCACAGAGCCUAUAAUAGUGCGAUUGCACUGUUCACUUACACAGUACUUAAAUGGUCCAGUGCCAACUGUGGAUGUAUUUCAGAUCUCUACUAAGGAAAGAUUUGGGUUGGGACAUCAGCUGAAAAAAAUCAUGCAGACGUUUGUUACACAGCAGUGGAAGAAUAGCAAAGAGAAGUCUAAUUGUACGCACAAUAAGAAGGUGUCUGACAAAAAAGUGAAAUCCCCUCUGCACAUCUUUUCUACAUUGCGCAGGUCGCCAAGUUAUCCUCCACCUGGCUGCGGUAAAAAUAAAUCAAAACUGAAGUCGGAACAGGAUGGCAUCUCCAAAACUCACAAGCUACUGAGAAGGACUUGCUCUAGCACAGUUAAGGCGGAGGAUGUAUGUGCCACAAAAUCCCACAGAACCUUUGGCCGCUCGUUGUCCAGUGACCCUAGGGCUGAGCAGACGAUGGCCAUUAAAUCGCACAAACUGUUGAACCGUUCUUGCUCCGCAGCUGUCAAGCAGGAGGAGUGCAUUACUUUAAAGCCCCAUAAGCUGUUAAGUAGGUCGUGUUCAGGGGAUCCUCGAUGUGAGCACAACAGCACCUUGAAGCCCCACAAACUUUUAAGCAGGUCUUACUCCAGUAAUCUUAGAAUGGAAGAAUUGGAUGGGUUGAAGAAUCACAAGUUACUCAGCAAGACUUACUCCAAUGCCCCUAAAUCAUCCAAAAUGGAGCCUUUCAAGGAGUCCACCAUAGCAGAGGGCAGGAGGCUCUCUCUUACCUCAGGGCUUAUUGGUAUCUUAACACCAUCUUCAUCAUCACCUUCACAAGCUGCUCAAAAUUAUGGUGCAAAAUGCAUUCCAGUACGAGACCGUGGCUUUCUUGUGCAGACUAUUGAAUUUGCUGAGCAACGGAUACCAGUGUUAAAUGAAUACUGUGUAGUUUGUGAUGAACCCCAUGUGUUCCAGAAUGGCCCUAUGCUAAGGCCCACUGUGUGUGAACGGGAGCUCUGUGUAUUUGCUUUCCAAACACUGGGAGUGAUGAACGAAGCUGCUGAUGAAAUUGCAACUGGGGCUCAGGUGGUUGAUCUGUUAGUAUCCAUGUGUCGGUCUGCAUUAGAGUCACCUAGGAAAGUUGUCAUUUUUGAGCCAUAUCCUUCUGUAGUUGAUCCUAAUGAUCCUCAGAUGCUGGCCUUUAAUCCCAGGAAGAAGAAUUACGACCGAGUCAUGAAAGCAUUGGAUAGUAUCACUUCUAUUAGAGAGAUGACACAGGCACCUUACUUGGAAAUAAAGAAGCAGAUGGAUAAACAGGACCCGCUUGCACAUCCUCUUUUACAAUGGGUUAUUUCUAGUAAUAGAUCACAUAUUGUGAAGCUACCAGUGAAUAGGCAACUGAAGUUUAUGCACACUCCCCAUCAGUUCCUUCUUCUCAGUAGUCCACCAGCCAAAGAAUCCAAUUUCCGAGCUGCUAAAAAUCUCUACGGAAGUACUUUUGCAUUUCAUGGUUCACACAUUGAAAAUUGGCAUUCCAUCCUGAGGAACGGCUUGGUUGUUGCUUCCAAUACGAGGCUGCAGCUCCAUGGUGCAAUGUUUGGAAGUGGAAUCUACCUUAGUCCAUUGUCAAGCAUAUCAUUUGGUUACUCAGGGAUGAACAAGAAGCAGCAGAAGGUGUCAGCUAAGGAUGAACCUGCUUCAAGCAGCAAGGGCAGUAAUGCAUCACAGUCACAGAAGAAAGGACAACAGUCACAAUUUUUGCAAAGCCGUAACUUAAAAUGCAUAGCCUUAUGUGAAGUGAUAACCUCAUCCGAUCUGCACAAACAUGGAGAGAUAUGGGUAGUUCCCAACACUGAUCACGUGUGUACAAGAUUUUUCUUUGUUUAUGAAGAUGGUCAAGUGGGUGAUACAAGUAUAAAUACGCAGGAACCAAGCAUUCAUAAAGAGAUUCUUCGAGUCAUUGGCAAUCAAACUGCUACUGGUUAAAAGGACCACUCUUAUUUAAUUGAUGUGAUUUGGAAGCCUUCCUCAGUCUCAAAGCUGGAUUUUGAACUGAAGAAGAUGCAAAAAAAAUAAUUUAUUAUUAUUAUUCUAAGCAAAUUAACCCUUUGAAUACUUACUGUUUUCUUACUUAGUAUUUCUUAUCUCAUCAAAAUACCUAAGAUGGUAUGAAUUAGCAACUGUAGGGGUGCAAAGUCUACUAAUAUACGACAACUAAUAAUAAUUAAACAGGCAUUUGGGUUGCUCACAAUAAACAGACUUUAAAAAGGA